GGAAGGAGGGAUAGAGAAAAAGGGAGAGCACAGGAGAGAGAGAGACACGCCGGACGGAGACACGCUGGAGAGAGAAACUGAGCGAUCUACCAGAGAGAGGGAGAAUGCGCGGUGUCCGGGUAACGCUUCCACGCUUGUUUCCAGGGCCUUUGUGAAUACACCAUGGGAUGCAUCGGCUCCAGGACACUCACGGCAGACGGUGUGCCGGUCCAGAAGGAUGGGGAGCAGCAUGGACGUUCAGAAUUUUCAUGGGAAGGAAUCAAUCUGUCUAUGGAAGACACCACAUCCAUCUUGCCACGGCUGAAGAGGAACUCAAACGCCUAUGGGAUCGGAGCUCUGGCUAAGUCCUCUCUGACAGGUGUGUCAGGCGUGAGUCGCUCCAUGAAGGAGAGGGUGACGAAGCCCACGGCCAUGGCUCAGGGCCGCGUGGCCCACAUGAUCGAGUGGCAGAACUGGGGCAUGCAGACGGUGGGCGCCGGGGGCGUGCCCAUCCCCCGCAUCACCACCCAGGAGCGGGAGAAUGAGCGGCGGCUGGAGAACGACGCCUACAGCGACCUCAGCGAUGGCGAGAAGGAGGCGAGAUUUGCCGCAGGCAUCCUGCAGCAGUUUGCCAUCUCGCAGGCCACCCUGAUGGCGUGGACGUCCAUGGACGGAGAGAGCCUGCGCUCGGGCUCCAACCAGGGCAGUGUGGCCCACCUGAGCGAGGUCAACCAGGAGAGCAUCACCAGCCGAGACCAGAUACUGCACCACUCCUCGGCAGACGUGUGGCCCCACACCUACGUCUCCCAGGGCCUGUACUGCCUCUCCUCCUCCGACGCCUGGGAGCCAAUCAACAACGAGCCCUCCGGCGUGGCCUCUCCAGCCGCCGGCUCCUACGUCAUGGGGGGCGCGACCGAGGGCUUUGACGGACAGACAGCCUCCCAGUACCUGUCCCAGCAGCAGCAGCCUCAGCAGCAGCAGCCCCAGCCGCAGCCUCAGCAGCAGCAGCCUCAGCAGCAGCAGCCUCAGCAGCAGCAGCUCAGCCUCCAGCAGCAGAGUCAGCUCCAUCAGCUGCAACAGAUCCAACAGAUCCAGCACUACCAGCACCAGCAGCUCCUGCAGUAUCAGCAGCAGCAGUCCCUGGAGCAGCGGCUGCACAGCGCCAACCACUCGCUACAGGCCACCCCCAACAGCACCAUCCACAGCCUGGCCCCGGCCAGCUACCCGCCGCUGGUGGACCUGUGGAACGGGGCGCAGACCGAGGCCUACCAGGUGGAGGGCGGGAGGUACCUGGGCGUGGCCGCCGUGGUGGAGCCCAGCAUGGGGGUCGUCAUGGGCGACGACGUGAUUGGCACGGAACACUCCCCGCUGCUGGAGCAACAGGAGGAGGAGGAGUUUAAGGAGGAGGAGGUGACCUUAUGCAUCGAGUCAGAGACAGCCACGCUAACUCCCCCCACAAGACCAGGAGACGUCUCCUCUGGCGGCAGUAGUCCGGGGCAACCGCCGGUCGAGCCAAUGACGGAGCGGAAGGCGUCGGACGUCAGCCCCGGCUACGCUCAGACUCUGGAGGAGAAGAGCGAGGGGCAGCAGGAGGGCUCCUCCCCCUCCAUGUCCGCUAACUGAGUACCGCGCUGCUCUGGGGGAGGGUGGGGACUCUAACGGACUGACCCUAACGGACUGACCCUAACGGACUGACCCGGGCGUCAGAAAGGGAAGGAGCGCCAUGACUCAAUACAUAUUCCCAUCAUCCAUCGGUUCCUUUUCAGGGCUCAUCAACGCGCGCUGAUCUUUUUGGGGGGUUGUUGUUGUUGUUGUUUUUCCUAAUUUCCUGGCCACUCAGACUAACGCUGUCAACGUGGCGAGGUGGUGAGGUGGCCUCCUAGGGAUCACCGAGGAUGCAACCUAGGACACAAGGAGUCUUCAUAAAGCCUUACAUCCUGUAGGUCACAUAGGAGACUAGGGGAGGGAGGGGGGAGAUAGAGAAUGAGGGGGAUCAGAGAGACAAACCUACCAAGAGAGUGAUGGUUGAUGUGACAACCACCCCAAAACAAAACGGGGGAACAAGGAAACAUGCAUGCUGUCAACAAAGACACACAACCCGACCCGGUCAUCGUCUUGUAACGAUAACAAUAAAUACCCAUUGUAAGAAUACCUUCAAUUAAAACAACACUUUUUAAUGAAUACCAAAAAGAAAAUCACUAAAAUCGAUGUAAACGUGUAAGAUAUUUAUAAAUAUAUGUAUGUAUGUAUGUAUGUAUGUAUAUAUAUAUAUACAUACACAUAUAUACUAUAUAUAUAUAUAUAUAUAUAUAUAUAUAUAUAUAUAUAUAUAUAUAUAUAUAUAUGUAUACUGUAUAUAUAUACAUAUAUAUACAAAAACAAUACUUUCCAACAGGAGAGCCUCUCUGUUUACAGCUAUCAUUAAAUAUAUGAUGUAUUGCUUAAUCAAGUAACAACCGUAAAAGUCCCUUCCGUCACUACCGUCGCACCCUUGUUACCACUACAACGACCAAUACUUAUACUUCCACCACUACCACUAAAGUACAGGUAACUACCCAAUAAUAGUAUUAUGGGACAAGAUUAGAAAGGUACAAACAAAGCAACAAUUCUGACGAUUCUGAAACCUAAAUAAAAAAAACAACACAUUUACAUUUCUGUGAGUUACAGUUUGGUCCUCUAAAAUGCAGCCAUUAGCAGGCGUUGCUGCGGACCCAGACCCGGGCCCACCCCAGGGACCCCCCUGACCUGGGGGCUGCACACACCCAAGGCCCAUGAAGAGGAUUGUACUGGAACAGAGUGGGCUUCCUCUGACUAUGUCUUUCAGUGCACAUGCUACUUCUUCUGAGUACUAUGGAGUACUUGUACAAUACGUGGCGGUACAGACUUUGAUCCAUGGUUUCCUGGACUGAGCCUGGGCUGGGCCUGGGUGGGGGAGUGGUUCUGUGUCUGCGAUUGGGGAGCCUUCUUGAACAAAGCGGCUCUGUGGGGUUCAUGGAUGUGAAUGGAGGAGAGGGAGAGAAUCUCUCCUUUUGCACUGAUGCAAUCCGGAUGGACAGAGGUGGCCUUUGGAACUGCAGGAGAAACACCUGUUGGUAAACGUCUCUACUCCUUCACCUCCAGCACCCAACCCCAAGCUGCUUUGUUCCAAUACAGUCGUCGUAAUAACCUGGGGCUGUGGAGCACUAUGGAAUGUACUAUAUUAAGGCAUAAUACACAGUCGUAAUCUGUUUUAA